AUGGCGCAAUCAAGCAAGGACGCGGAUCUACAACGUGAUACUGUCGAAAUCGACGAUAAACAGCACAUGACCACCGACUUUGGGAUCAAGAUCUCCGACCCGGAUCACUGGCUGCGCGUCGUCGACGACAAGAACAAUGGCCCGUCGCUGCUGGAGGACCCGAUUGCCCGGGAGAAGAUCAUGCGGUUCGACCACGAGCGCAUCCCCGAGCGAGUCGUGCAUGCGCGCGGCGUCGGCGCCUUCGGCACCUUCCGACUGCACAGGGGGAUCAGCCACCUGACGACGGCGGGGGUGCUGACGGACACCUCGCGCGAGACGCCGCUGUUCGUGCGGUUCUCAACCGUGCAGGGCAGCAAGGGGAGUGCGGACACGGUGCGCGACGUGCGCGGCUUUGCGGUGAAGAUGUACACGGACGAGGGCAACUGGGAUAUCGUGGGGAAUAACAUCCCUGUGUUCUUUAUCCAGGAUGCGAUGAAGUUUCCCGAUGUGAUCCAUGCGGUCAAGCCGGAGCCGCAUAAUGAGAUCCCCCAGGGCCAGAGUGCGCAUAAUAACUUCUGGGACUUUAUGUAUAUGCACUCCGAGACCACGCAUAUGCAGCAAUGGGUCAUGUCUGAUCGGGCUAUCCCUCGUUCGCUCCGUAUGAUGCAAGGCUUCGGCGUCAAUACUUACUCCCUGAUUAACGCUGAGGGCAAGCGGCAUUUCGUCAAGUUCUACUUCCUCCCGGAACUUGGGGUGCACUCGCUCGUCUGGGAUGAAGCCCUCAAGAUCUGUGGUCAAGAUCCGGAUUUCCACCGCAAGGACUUGAUGGAUGCCAUUGACGCGGGCCAUUUCCCUAAGUGGAAAUUCGGCAUCCAGGCUAUUCCCGAGGAGAAGCAACAUGAUUUUGAGUUUGAUAUCCUGGAUGCCACCAAGAUCUGGCCCGAGGAGCUGGUUCCGAUCGAGUAUAUUGGCGAGAUGGAGCUCAACCGCAACAUCGAUGAGUUCUUCACCCAGACUGAGCAGGUCGCCUUCUGUACCAGCCACAUCGUGCCUGGUGUUGACUUCUCGGACGACCCUCUACUGCAAGGCCGGAACUUUUCCUACUUUGACACACAGAUCUCUCGACUCGGCCCCAACUGGGAAGAAUUGCCCAUCAACCGUCCCGUAUGCCCCUACGCGAGUUUGGUUAACCGCGACGGAGCUAUGAGACACCGCAUCACCAAGGGCAAGGUUAAUUACUGGCCUAACCGCUACGGGGCCAACCCCCCUGCCUCGGCAGCCCAGGGCGGAUUCACAAGCUACCCCGAGAAGCAGCAGGGCACGAAAGGACGCCAUUUCUCAGCCAAGUUCAAGGAGCACUACAACCAAGCCCAGCUCUUCUACAACUCCCUCUCCCCCAUUGAGAAGAUGCAUGUCGCCAAGGCCUUCUCCUUCGAGCUCGACCACUGUGACGAGGAGAUCGUUUACAAGCGACUCGCAGAGCGUCUCGCCGUCGUCGACCUGGAGCUCGCCCAAACAGUAGCCAAGAACGUCGGCGGCGAUACCCCCGAAAAGGCACCCAAGGAGAACAAGGGCCAGAAGACCAAGGGCCUGAGUCAGCUCGAGUACCUGUCUGACAGCGCCGUCAUCACCACCCGGCGUAUCGCCAUCCUCAUCGCCGACGGCUUCGACUACGCCUCGUAUAAGGCGAUGAAGGAGACCCUGCAGAAACAGAAGGCUUUCGUCUUCACCAUCGGCCCUCAACGCCAGGGCGUGACAGCCGAGACAGGCGAAAAGGUCAUUCCCGAGCAUCACUUCGCCGGUAUGCGGUCGACGCUCUUCGACGCGGUGUUCAUCCCCGGCGGUCAGAAGCACAUUGCGGCCCUGAGCAAGAACGGCGUCGCCAAGUACUGGAUCACCGAGUCCUUUGCGCAUCUCAAAGCCAUCGCGGGUCUCAAUGAAGCCGUGGAAUUUAUUCGGAAGCAAAUCAACCUUGACAGCGUCAAGUAUGCCGCGAGCUCUGGCGGUGUCGUGCAGAGCUACGGUGUGAUCACUACCAAUGGUCCGGCGAAUGAGCAUCUGAAGGUCUCUGCUAAUGCCAGCAAGGAUAGCAAAGGCUUUGCGGAGCAAUUUAUCUGGCACAUCUCAAGACACAGGAAUUGGCAAAGAGAGCUGGACGGCCUGGUCGAUGAGGUUGCUGCUUAA